UGAAAUUGAAGCAUAGAGAACUAAUGUCGGCUGAUCAGCCAAACAGAGCGGAGCUUGACGCCAGGGCAAGGCGAGGGGAGACCGUCGUCCCUGGUGGCACCGGUGGUAGAAGCCUUGAAGCACAAGAACACCUAGCUGCAGGGAGGAGCAGAGGAGGGAAGACAAGAAGGGAGCAGCUGGGGACAGAAGGGUACCAGGAGAUGGGACGGAAAGGUGGACUUAGCACCACAGAUGAGUCUGGAGGAGAGCGGGCUGGGAAAGAGGGUAUUUCCAUUGACGAGUCCAAGUUCAGGACCCGAAGCUAGGCCUAA